AUGAUUUUAUGUCGUAAGCGAUUCGCUGCCCUACCACCGUCACCCCGACCAGCGCGUACCCCUCAACGUCGUCAAUGUGGUGUCUGUGGAGAGGAUGGUGAUGGAAUGCAUUUUGGGGCCUACAGCUGUGCGGCUUGUGGAGCAUUUUUCCGUCGUUCGAUCCAAGAACAGAAGGUGUAUUCCUGUGAUUCGAGGCAAUGCUAUGACUAUAGAGUGAAUACAACCCGUGUCGGUGGUGGUCACUGUCGGUAUUGUCGAUUCCAGAAAUGUCUCACUGCCGGAAUGCUCGUCACCGAGGUUCACGUGCGUCGUCAACGUCAAGACGGAGUCGUCAACCAACCCGAUGCCUUUCUGUGGGAACGUUCUCGUGUCCAACUGCAUGUCGAUGAACUAUCGAUUGAAUGGCAUCUAUUCUCCGAACAUCUCAUCCAUCAUCCACUAUUUCAACGAAUUCGAGACCUGGACUGGCUCUCCUACGAGGGAGGCCCACCCACCCCUGAACCCUCCCGUGCCUACACCGAUUUCUUCUACCUUCACUAUGUCUUUGAACUUGUUCUGGCGACCGUUCGAGGUGGUGGUGUACAGAUGGAUGCUUGUAUCACUACGACGGGCCUGAAAAUCGACGCGGACAUGGAAUCGCUCACCAUCUUCUACAGCGCCUCCCCUCUGGCCGAUCCGGUCUGUAUGGCUAGACUGGCCCAACCGUUCUUCGAGCAUUUGAUCCGCACAUGUGCCAAGGCUCUACAGGCCCUCCAGCUGGAUGAAACAGAGACAGCUUAUGUCCACUACAUCAUCACUACCUCCUGGCUAACGUUCCAACAGAACGAUUCAGCGACGUGCCGGGGUAUCCUCUGCCAAGAGCUUCACCGUCACUAUUCAGCCCGUGAGGGAGUGAUCGGGACGAAACUGGGCAAUCUCUGUCUGACAGCCUCUUUCUUUCUCGAAGCUCUCUUCAAUUUGAGGGAAUAUGUCACUGUUAUGCAUAUUCGAGGGUUGAUCCUC